CACAAUCUUGUGUAUGCCAGUUUUUGCUAUUGCGAGCACGUGACGGACGCUGGGGUAGAAUUGUUGGGUACCCUCCCCUCCCUCAUGUCACUGGAUUUGUCUGGGUGUAACAUUCAGGACCAAGGUGUUGCAGCGCUUGGUAACAACCCGCGCUUUCGUGACAUCACGCUUGCUGAAUGUCCAAAUAUCACUGACCUGGGUCUGCAGAAAAUGUGUCAGCAGUGUCGACAAUUGGAGAACUUCGAUGUUUCCCAUUGCAAGGGUUUAACUGAUAACGCCAUCAAGAACCUCGCCUUCUGCUGUCGAUUACUUCGCACGCUGAACCUCGCCGGCUGUAACAAGUUAACAGAUUCAAGCCUUCAAUAUUUAUCAGGUGUUUGUCAUUAUAUUGAGGCGCUAGAUCUAUCUGGCUGUGUUCAUAUAACAGACAAAUCUUUACGGUACUUGAGGAAAGGAUGCAAGAGAUUGUCCUCUUUGACGAUACUCUACUGUAGAAAUGUUUCAAAGUCUUCUGUUCAGAAGCUUCAAACCAAAUGUGAACACGUGCUCCAUAGUUCUGACGAUCCAUCGCCAGCUCUAGGAUAUUAGCUGACCACUCACACAGAUGGCUCAAGUCCGUUAGAGGUCCAUGGGAAUGUGUACUAUUAGAGUCCAUUCCAUACUCUCAUGUUGUUUCAACAGGAAGAUAGAGUUGAAAAUUUCAUCGUUCUAAUUGCCUCGUUGAAACGGUGCUUUAGAUAUUGUUGUACAUAGGUUUACAAGAAAUACAAUUUCUUAUGUUUCAAAAUUCA